UUUUUUUUUUUUUUUUCGUUAUGCGGUGCAGAGCACUUUUUUUUUACUUCUCCUUCAAUAUCCCCCUUCUUUUCAAUACUCGCUUGCUCCUUCCUUCUUUGACACCUACAAUAAAUGCCCUACGCAUAUGCCCCAUGUACGUUAUAUGCAUCUACCAAUGGAAGAGAGCACCCCCAAGUCCCUGCUCACUCACGUCUUGGUUGAAUACAUCUCAUAUCAACCCCGCUAUUCUCCAUGCCCCUUGGCUUCUUCAUCUCUUUUAUGUUGCAUCGUUAUCCAUGAGGAGGGGUUGAGGGCCGUAUCAAGGGCUAAUGGGACGACUCAAGG